AUGAAGCUCUUCAUCGUUCUAUCGGUGACGAUUUCCCUCGCCCUGGGAGCACCAGCCGAAGAAUCGAAAAACGCCGACAGCAAGAAAGACAAACGUGGACUCGUGGAGAUUGGACACAACUUUGGCUUCGAAGAGCCUCUGCUCGUGGAACCCAUUCAUGCGUCUCACGUUACCAAGCAUGUGACGGUUACCAAUAACGUUCCCGUUCUGUACCCGGUAGAAGUAGAGAAGCACAUCCCAAUCGUGGUGGAGAAGAAAGUCCCGGUCUACAUCGAGAAGCAGGUCCAUGUUCCCGUUGAACGUCUGGUGUCCUACCCCGUUAAGGUUAACGUCCCAGUAGUGCACAAGGAGUACGUCCAAGUGGCCAAACCUUACCCGGUGCACGUGGAGAAGUCUUACCCUGUCUACGUCAAGGAUCCAAUUUAUUAUGAGCAGCCAGCUCCGGUCUACGUGAAGAAUAGUUACUACCAGAAUAAGAAGCCAUACUACGGCUGA